AAUGAACUCUAGAAGCACACAUUUAACCGAAUAUGCAAUAAAAGAAAUCAUCUCAGAGAAGUUUACUUCAUGGAAUUCAAUCAGCCCUUCAAAUAUCAGCAUAAGUAGAUUGACAGGGUUAACAAAUAUCACUUAUAAAGCAUAAGCAAUGAUAGACACCACUCCUUAAACAAUUUUAUUUAGAGAGUAAUGAGUUUUAUGAUUUAAAAUUAGAUUUGGGAAUGCUGAAGGAUUUGUGGAUUCUUAAUAAGAGAGAAUAGUUUUUAAAACUAUUUCUGAUAUGGAUCUUGGGCCUUAAUUAUUAGAAUGUGGUAAUAGUUGGAGAAUGGAGGAAUUUGUAAAAGAUGGUGUACAUCCUAACAAUGAGAAAAUGGCUGAUUCUGAUUUCUAAUUUAAGUCUAUGGGAGUGUUAUAGAAAUUCCAUUAGAUGGAGAUUCCAAUAGUUAAUAAUGGUGAAUCUAUGAUUCUAAAGAAGACUAUAUCUGAAGAAAUGAAAGCAAAUGUUAUGAAGAAAAUAGAAAAACGAGAAUUAUAUACAGAUGUAGAACUUAAAUAAUUAGAAUGCAUUGAGAAUUUCUUAAAUGAUGAAGAAGAAUUCAAUUAUUUAAAUGAAAUGACUAUUAGAGAGAAUCAUGAAGAGGUAUUUUUAUUAACAAUAAUUUAUAGUUAAAAUUCUGCCAUAAUGAUUUGAAUUAAUUAAAUAUUUUUAAUACAUCUAAGAAGGAUAAGGAAAUUAUCUUUAUAGAUUAUGAAUAUUGUUCAUAUAAUUAUCCCUCUUAUGAUAUUGCUAAUUUCUUGAAUGAAUCUACUAUUAAUUAUUAACAUGAAGAUGAGCCUUAUUAUGUUCUAGUAGAAGACAACUUUAAUACAUCUCCAAUAUAAGCACAUUUUCUUGCAUUAAGUUACAUUCUUAAUAAGGAAUGUACUUAGAUUGAAAUCAAUCAGAUUUAGAGAUUAAUUAGUGAAAAAACCAACAAAAAUAAAGAUGAAUUGAAAAACUUUAUUGGAUUAGUUAAAUAAAUUUUAGAAUUAAGGUUAAGUGAAUAAGAAAUAAUUGAUUUAUUUAAAGAGAUUUCUUAUUUGAAAAGAAGAAUAAGAAGAUUAUAAAUAAUAUCAAAUUUAAAUUGGGUUUGGUGGAGUGUUCUUUUGGCUCAUGAAAAGAAUUCUCUCAAUUUUGAAUAUAUAGAUUAUGGUUUCUUAAGAUUUAAGAUGCUUGAGAAAUUAUUAGAAUUAGAGAAAGCAAGAAAAAAUACUAAAUGAUUUUACUUUUGUUAAUAUUUGUU